AUGGGGGAAAACUGCUGGCUACUGGUCACAGCUUGCUUGGCGGUCUUUUGCUUUACGUCGUCGGUGUUGCGGCUCUUCAUAGUGACAAGCAGGAAACAAGAAAAGAAACUACCGCCAGGCCCAAGAGGGCUCCCGAUGCUUGGCUACUUGCCUUUCAUACGGAAGCUAUACCACGAGGCAUUCAAGGAACUGAGUGAGAAGUAUGGUCCCAUUAUAAGGCUUCGACUCGGAUGUAGGGAAGUCGUGGUGCUGAAUGAUCUCGACUCUAUCAGAGCGGGACUCAAUAACCCGGACGUGCUUUAUCGGCCUAACAAUUUCAUCAUGUCUUGUCUGGGAGUAAAAGGCAUUACGUCACUAAAUGGAGAACCAUGGCAAGUAAACCGGAGAUACUGCUUUCAUGCUUUAAGAAACCUGGGAUUCGCUAAGAAAUCUAUGGAAGCACACAUUCAAGAAGAAAUAAAAUGCUUUGUGAAUCUCCUCGCAUCCGCCGAGGGACAACCUAUGGUGGUCGCUAAGAAGCUGGCUGCCAGCGUGUGCAACAACAUUUCUGCUUUGGUGUUCGGGCAGCGAUACGAGCUCGAUGACCCCAGGUGUCACUAUAUCGAGGGAUUAGUGAGCACAUUUAUGCGCUACGCAAGUGUUCUGUCGCUACUGGACUUCCUGCCAACAGUCCGCUCAGUGUGCAACUACAUCCCAUACACGAAGAUCGGCACCUUGAACGACGUAGUCAAGAAUAUGAAGCAGGCUAUCAGGACGGAAGUGAAAAAACGAGAAAAGAACAUGGAAAGUUAUUUUGAAAGAGACUUUAUCGACGGUUACCUGAGGAAAACUGAAGAAAACAAGGGAACUAACUCGCAUUUAAACAUGGACCAUUUGGAGGGAAACGUAAUCAACCUGUACGGAGCAGCCACUAACACAGUGCGGGUCUCCAUCCUAUGGAACUUGUACGUCGCCGCCAGUGACCCGGACGGCAUGCAGGCUCAAGUGCAGCGUGAGACUGACGCCGUGAUCGGCCGCGAGAAGCCGAUCGAAUGGGAGGACAGGCGCAGUCUACCUUUCACUAUGGCGUCUGUCCUGGAGACACUACGAUGGAGGACAACGACGCCCAUCGGAAUACACAGGAUCACCAUGAGUGACACCGAAAUUUGUGGAUACCACGUCUCUGCGGGAACCUUCGUGAUAGCCAAUUUUUGGAGCCUGCACAAUGACUCCGCCCAUUGGUACAACCCGUUUCAAUACGACCCGACACGAUUCCUGAAUUCCGAUGGCACGGAGCUCGCUGAGAAGCCAGUGGCUUUCCUGCCUUUCAGUGUAGGUAGACGCGCUUGCCCAGGUGAGACGCUGGGCCUUAUGGAAGUUUUUUUGUACGUGGCCACGUUGCUUCAACACUUCCGGGUGCUUCCAGAGAAUGGCAAGGUCAUCUCCCUAGAACCAACGAACCGUUUUCUUGCUGUGGUCAAUGACACGCAAAAACUACGCUUCGUACGACGAGGAGUGAAGGUACUCUCGUGA